AUGUAUUCGGAUAGUAGUAGUGGUAACUAUAAUAGCUAUCAGUUAGAUAAUACCCAAAUGAUGCUUGCACCAGGAAAUCAUGAAACUGCAAUUCAUGAUAUGAGUAGCAAUGCUGCUGCAGCUACUGCAUACUGGAAUAGUUCAAAUUUGCCACAACAUAAUCCGUACACUCAAUUUAUGGCUGGCAGUUAUAAUGGAACUAUGUUACCGAUGCAUUCAGCCACCGAUGAUGAUUAUACACGUUCCCUAUCGGUUACUGCCUCUGUUGCAUAUCCGGUUCCGGUUUCCGCCUCUACAACUCCUGCAAAUGGUGAUGUUGUUGAAAUUGGCAAGUUAUACGAUAAUGAUAAUAGUAAUCCGGGUGUUAUGGUACCUCCGCCAAUGUAUUCAACACAUCAUAGUGCCACAUGUUAUCCACAGUAUUUUCCCUCAUAUGUGCCUCCGUUUCAACCUGAUGAUAAACAAAUGCCGGAAAGUUUAGCAAGUUCAUAUUUGAGUGGCGCAGGUGAUAUGAUGAGGCGUGAGGAUGUUACUGCACCUCUUCAUUUCUACGCUCAUUCAUUACAGGUUUACCUAUAA